AUGAACAUGGCAAUCCAAACAAUUAAAUACAUUUUUUGGCUACUGCCGAUAUUAGGGCUUACACAAGCACUUCUACAAAACCCAGGGGACGAUUUUCCAUUUAGCACAGUAAUAGAUAUCCUCUCAGAAAAUGUUGAAUUCUCAACUUUUUUAAGGAUUAUUCAGAAAACUGGUCACGUACAGUACUUAAAUGAGCUACAGAACUUUACACUUUUUGCUCCGAUUAAUUCAGCAUUUAUUAAGGGGGACCAAACCACAGACCAAUUUGAGGAGCAUUUCCAUAUUGAAGAUUUCCUUAUUCAUGAUAGGGUAUUGCAAGUGAGAGACCUUGAAAACGGUACCUACCUGGAGAAAAGAGCUGCAAAAGCACCUUUAUUGCUGAGAAAGCAUGAGCGCCAUUGCUUUGUCAAUGAAAUUGCUGUUGUCGAACCCGAUUUGCUGCCUAGUUUCCAGAAUGCUUCAUUACAAGGUAUUAACAAUCUUUUACUAAUUCAACCUCAAAUAAAUGAGUUGCUGGUACAACUAGAUGAAGAAACCCAAGAUUUAAAGAUAUUUAGUGAUUUUAUCAGCAGUUUUUCAAACUAUAAUGCAUAUACAAACUCAUCCACAGUUUUAGUGCCCUUAGAUGUUAAUUUUCGAAAAUUCUUCAAUACAAUCGAAAUAAACUAUCUACUUGACAAAUAUAAUAAAUUGGGUAAAUCUAAUACAAUUUCUCAGGCCAAAUGGGCCGCAGAUAGAACUUCCCUUCUUCAAGAACUCAUUAUUGAUGACGUGUAUGGUGGUAUUUUACCCAAGGAACUAAUUUUAGAAAAUAAAAACAAUCGAAAACUUUUUAUGAAGAGUAAUUCAGAAGGUACAUCAGUAAGUGUAAAUAAUUCAGAUUACUCACCCAUAUCAAACAGAAUUUUUGAAAUAGGCGUCGUGCAUGGAUUUUCUGACUUAGACUUUUUACGAACGCAUAUACAGUUUGAUGCUGAAAAGUACUUGCACGGUUUGAACUGCUCAGAAUUCGUAAAGGAGUUAUACUUCAGAGACCUUGAAAAAUUCAUUCAAAACGGAAGGAAAAUCACCAUAUUUGUACCACAAGCCUCUUUUAAUGAGGAUCGUGGGUACACAAAACCAUCACUUCUGUACCAUUUUGUAGAAGGUAAAAUUGACCUUGAACAGGACUUUUCCUCAUUGCGCCCGAUUCAAUACGCACCUACCCAAAUUUAUGACUCCGCCUUUUGCUCUUCAGCUAAAAGACUAGGUGGACACUGCCAAAAGUUCAAAAUCACAAGGUCUAAUAAAGGUUAUUACAUCAAUGGUCGCUUCAAGAUUUUAAACACAAAACCUUAUGAGAUUGGUAAUACGUCCAUUUAUUCUAUUGACGAUGAUCUUCAAUUACCGGGCGACUUAGUGUUGUCAUUAGCACCAGAAAACCACUGUUCUAUUUCCCUAAUGCUCUUGAAGGAACUUAACCUUUUGGAUCUACCAUCAAAUCAUAAGGGGUACACGAUACUUCUUCCAUGUAUGAAUUCAUGGGACAAUAAUGAUUUGACUAUAGACUAUUUGAGGUCAAACAAAACCGCCCUAAAUUUACUUAUGAGGAACCUAAUCUUCGAAGACCUUAUUUAUUCCAACAAUUAUAGUAUUUCGACUACUGUCAAGAAUUUAUACGGAAAUUCUGUAUCUAUUGGCGUACAAAAAAUUGUGGGAAGCCAAAACCUUACGAAAAUCUCAGUGAGUACUAUAAAGGAAAGUAUUAUUAUUGAGGAGAGUUCCGAUAUAUUUUUCAACCAGGGAGUUAUCCAUCCUAUAGACCAAUUGGAUUUUCCAGUCGAUUUGGAGAUAUCCCUAAAAGAGCUGAUAGAAACUACUGGAACAAAAGAAAUAUUUGACUUUUUUAACUUGUUUUAUGACCUUUCUUCAAUCAUUUGGAAUAACGAAGAGUACUCGCUUUUAGUUCCAACGGCUUCUUCUAUUCCAUUAAGUGGCAUCACGGCGAACUCGACAAACUUAAGAAAAUUCCUCGAACUCCAUUUGAUUCCUGCUAAUGUAACGCAAAACCUACUAGACUGCAAUGGCUCCAUUAGCACUAAACUAGGUACAAAACUAAACUGCAGAAAAGAUCAUCUGGACAACGUUUUUGUUAGCAUACAGGGCGACUGGACCAAGGAAGUUAGAGUUCUUAAAACAGGAUGCACUACUAAUUUGAAAAGUUCAUGCAUAUUUCUGAUCGACAAACCCAUAUCCUUAUCUUGGCUAAACAGCGAGAAAUACCAUCUGCGCUUGCCAGGGAUAGCGGUUGGAUUUGGGGUUAUAAUAGGUGUUACCAUAGCCAUUUCUUUAUUGUUUUGCAUAAUAAUUACCAGGGGUGGAAAAGUAAAAGACAAAAAUCAAAGAGGGAGAAAUGAUCGAGCAACAACACCACUGAUUCAACACUCUCCGAUAAUCCACAACCCUUCUUACUCGGCAACAGCGCAUUUAUCACCACUUUCUCAACCCACUUUUGAAGGUUCAUAUUCUGUGAACGCUAUACAAACCCCCAGAGAUAUACGAAGGGUGGGAUCAGAUCAAAAGGGCGGUCGCAGUGUCAGUACCUCAUAA